AUGAAUAAUCAGAAAAUAAUCAACAAUGUAUACAUUACAAAAAAAAGGAUUUCUGCUGGGUCCUUUGGAGUUGUUUAUUAAGGAUAAGAUAUUAAUACAAGAAAUCUUGUUGCCAUAAAGAUGGACAAAGAAAAUAAAGAAGACUCAAGCUUGUUAAGAGAGGCAGAAAUUUUAAAAAGGCUAUAACAUUUAUAACACAUACCAAAAUUGUAUUGGGCUGGAAAAGAGCAGGAUUCCCAUGUUCUAGUGAUACAACAUUUAGGAAGAGAUUUGACUCAUUAUAUGAAGACUUUCCGGAAAUUCUCACUUAAAUGUGUCCUUAAUGUAGCUGAAUAGAUGAUCAAUAUAUUGGAGAGUUUGCAUAAGAACAAAGUCUUGCAUAGAGACAUAAAACCAGAAAAUGUCUUAGUUGGAAAGGAUGAUGAUGAAAAUUCGCUAUACAUUGUAGACUUUGGGAUCAGUAAGUUCUUUAAGGAUGAAAAUGAAUCUCAUAUAUCCUUUAGAGAAAAAUAGCCAUUCAUAGGGACUACUAGAUAUGCUAGCAUCAAUGCCCAUAAAGGCUAUUCCUUAAGUAGACGGGAUGAUAUGGAAUCACUAGGUUACAUGCUGAUAUUUUUACUUAAAGGUUAGUUGCCAUGGUAAAAUAUAUAGUUCACUUCAGAAGAGAAUAAAAUUAAGUAAGUUGGGUAGAUGAAAAUGAAGAUGGAAGUGAGUGAGUUAUGCAAAGGUCUGCCCAUUGAAUUUGGGAGAUAUUUAGAUUAUGCUAGAGGGUUACCAUUUAAAUCAGAACCAAAUUAUAAAUACUGUUAAUCUUUGUUUAGAAAAAUAUAAAGCGAACACAAUUAUGUCCCAAAAGAAUUGGUGUUUGAUUGGAACAUGUCUUAGAAGGGAGAGAAAGAAGGACAGAGUACGAGUAGCAAUAUAUUCAAUAGCAAACCAUCGAUAUUCAGAAAAACCAAAGAGGAUUUGUCAUCCAAUAAUAUUUUGGGUUCUUAAUUAAAUUAGUCUAUUGAAUAGGAGAUGAAUUCCUUAUUAAGGACUCCUGAAUAGAAGAGAUCCACUUUGACUCCAGAAAUUCAUAGAAAAAAGGGUAGAAUAUAAUCAAUCAGCAGUUAUAAUGACACAAUAUCAGAUAUUGAUUUCAAUAAUAGUGUUUUGUUGGGAAUCUAGCCUAGCAUUUUAAGUAGAUUGAGCAAGAUUUCGUUUAACUCGAUUUCUAGGGUAAGAAACAGUAAGUCUAAUAUAUGUUUGACUCCUGAGAUUAAGGCGCAUGAAAAGGUUUAACAAAUCCAACAUGAUCCAUAUUUAGAUCAAUUGACAGGAGUUAAGAAACGUAAAUCUUAGAUUAGUUAUUCAUCUCCUCAUUGUAAGCGAGAUGAUGAAACUAUUUUGGAGAGUGCAAAGAUGAAUGAGGUUGAAGAAGGGAUAGAAAGAAAAUACAUUGAACUUAAGCUUCGUUUUGUAAAUGCUCGUUUCAAAUUUUAGCCAAAUAAAAGUCUAAAGUGA